AUGUCGUUCCUCGGAUUCGGAAGACCGCAGCCCUCUUCGGAGGAGAAGAUUUCAGCCGUCCAGGCAGAAAUGAAGCUCUUGACACAGAUGCACGACCGUCUCACCAAGGCAUGUGCGAAAAAGUGUGUUCCCAACGAGUACCGGGAAUCUGAGCUUAACAAAGGCGAAAGCGUCUGCCUCGACCGAUGUGCUGCUAAGUUCUUCGAUGUCCACAUGAAGGUGUCGGAAUUAUUACAACAGGAGAUGCAGCAAAAAGGCAUGGGUGGCGGUGGCGGCAGCGGGUUCGGAUUCGGUGGUUAG